AAGUCAGCCGUGUAGCUGAAGUCUACGUGGCUGAAAAUAAAUCCAUAGAUUGGCUGACAAAGCAUUUUCAGCGACGCCCUUUUCUUUCUUAGACAUCCCAAAUCAUGGGAAACUGCAGACCACUUUUCUAUCUUCAAAUUCUUGUCUUACCAUGUUUCUUCUCAAGACAUGGAGAGCAACAGCUUUUGGCUUAUUUGGGUACAUGAAUUUCACAAAAUCUGGUUUCAUAGAACAUUCAAAGAAAUUUAAUCCAGAGGAUAUGCAAACAAAAAUUGAAGGCAAGAACUGUGUUGUCACUGGUGCAAAUUCUGGCAUUGGCUAUGCUACUGCUGAGGGUCUUGCAUCACGUGGGGCUAAUGUGUAUAUGGUAUGCCGGAACAAGGAGAGGGGUGAAGCUGCCCUUUCAAAAAUUCAGGAGGCAACUGGCAGUAAAAAUGUUUAUUUGGAGGUCUGUGAUAUUUCUUCCAUCAUCGAAAUCAAGUCAUUUACUUCCAGAUUUUCUUCAAAGGAUGUCCCUGUCCAUGUUCUGGUUAAUAAUGCUGGUUUAAUUGAAAAUCGGCGUGUGACAACUCCAGAAGGAUAUGAGCUCAAUUUUGCUGUUAAUGUACUUGGCGCAUACACUCUGACAGAGUUGAUGCUGCCCUUACUGGAGAAAGCUGCGCCUGAUGCUCGUGUUAUUACAGUUUCCUCAGGUGGAAUGUACACAGCCCCUUUGAUGAAAGAUCUACAGUUUAGCAAUAACAACUUUAAUGGUGUGGAACAAUAUGCACGGAACAAGCGAGUGCAGGUUGCACUGACAGAAAAAUGGGCUGAAAUUUACAAGGACAAAGGUAUUGCUUUCUAUUCAAUGCACCCUGGGUGGGCAGAGACUCCUGGAGUUGCCAGCAGUUUGCCCGGUUUCUCGAAUUCGAUGUCUGGAAAACUUAGAACGAGCCAGGAAGGUGCAGAUACAGUGGUGUGGUUAGCUUUGCAGCCAAAAGAAAAACUAGUACCAGGAUCAUUAUACUUCGACAGAGCUGAAGCUCCUAAACACCUGUUGUUUGCAGCUACAAAGGGUUCUCAUUCUGCUAUAGACUCCAUCAUUGAAAAUCUUCGCUCUAUGUCUGGUCUAUCCUCUUGAAUCCUGCUUCAAUUUCGCCAAAGAAUUUAUAUUUUGAUCCUUGUGGUGGACCAAACUUAAAUUAUUGUCCUUCCAACCCCUACUUCGUUAGGUUA